GGGAGAUCAUAACGUGCAGUGUCGUUCGGCGCGAGUGAGGGUUGGUGAAAACGUUUCCUUGUUGUCGCGGGACUAAUGCCACGCUCAGAUGCUGCUCCCGGACUGCGCGAGGAACUCUCAACAUGAAAUUCGCCUGGAAAGCUAAGAUGGUGCAGUUAAAGUUGUUUUCUCUCUAAGAUGGUGCAGUUAAAGGUUCUUUCUCUCUAAGAUGGUGCAGUUAAAGGUUCUUUCUCUCUAAGAUGGUGCAGUUAAAGGUUCUUUCUCUCUAAGAUGGUGCAGUUAAAGGUUCUUUCCCUCUAAGAUGGUGCAGUUAAAGGUUCUUUCCCUCUAAGAUGGUGCAGUUAAAGGUUCUUUCUCUCUAAGAUGGUGCAGUUAAAGGUUCUUUCUCUCUAAGAUGGUGCAGUUAAAGGUUCUUUCUCUCUAAGAUGGUGCAGUUAAAGGUUCUUUCUCUCUAAGAUGGUGCAGUUAAAGGUUCUUUCUCUCUAAGAUGGUGCAGUUAAAGGUUCUUUCUCUCUAAGAUGGUGCAGUUAAAGGUUCUUUCUCUCUAAGAUGGUGCAGUUAAAGGUUCUUUCUCUCUAAGAUGGUGCAGUUAAAGGUUUUCUCUUUUUCGGAGUCGGCUCGUGAAAAAGGGAAAAGCGAUAAAGGGAGGGAGGACUGGACCAGUAGCGGGAAGAAAAAAUAAGAAAAAGGCUUUUACGGGGAACAAGGAGGAACAGCACUGCGCAGUGCUUUUUAUAUUAUACUAGUGAUCCGUUUAACGCGCUCACGUGGACAUAAAUCAGUUCGCGUGCUCACCGAAUAGAGCCCCGUUAUUUUCUUUCUUGGAAGGAAGAAACUUGUCUAACCCACAGCACGAGCUGAGCUGCCCUGGAGGUUUCGCGGUCCACGACACGGUUUAUUUGUUUCUCGUACCGUUGUGCUUGUCCGUGGCCUGUGCGCGAGGUGUAGGGCGAGACAACCUCACUCUGUGAGCGUGACUCGGUUCGCAGCUUCAGCUGCCAGGUCUGCGGUGCUCUGGGGUUACACUGAUGGAAACUCCAAACAACUUCUCUGACCUGCUUCUGCCUCUCUGACUUCUGCAAGUGGGUUCGUGUCGUCGCGUCUGUUCAGUUCGUAUUACCGGAUCUUUUAUUCAGUUUGUAGCAUUACGCGUGCCAACCUCCGCACAGACCACUGGUUCGAGAUUCUUAUAAAGAUUGCACAAAAAAUUUGAAAUGGUUACAAAUGAAAUAAAUGAAAACAAUGACGUUGUUGCUGUUUUGGUGCCCUGGCUGUAGCAAAUCACAAGCUCACCGUUCGAGCUAAAGUUUUGAAGCUACAUUUAGUUUGUUUGGUUAACAGAGCACACACGGGCCGGCGGGGGCUGUAUCGUUUACACAUCUCCUGCUAUUGUCUAGCAGACUCGCUGAGCCCUGUUUUUUCCUCGCUUGACACCAAGCUGCGCAGGAAACGGCCAGUUACAGAAGACGGGCCGUCAGAGUAAAACCAUCUGAUCACUGACGCACGGCCUUCGCCUGAGCAGUGAACUACAGGCGCUCAGAGUUUGGAGGAGGGAAAAGGUCAGGAGAUCGUGUUUUUGUGUAAAUCCACUUCUCAGCUGGUCCUGGGAACCCCAGGCUCCGCUGCUUAGCACACGCUGCACCACGGCUUUGUUGGGUUCAGGACAAACUCGCGCGUGUGUUGGACCGUGUCUGUGAGACGUUUUUUAAAAUCAGUAAACUGAUCAUCUCUUCCAAAGGCCAGAAUUUAUUCCUACCAAAGACAGACAGAACUGAUGAAGCAACAGGUCUGUAGACACUUUCCCACACUCUUUAAGUCCUGGGCCCCUGCUCUGCACAGCUUUCUGUUGGUCCUGCUCUCCACCCUGAAGUGAGUGAAAAUGGAGCGUUUCUGUAGCCAUGACACUGCAAGGGUCCACGCCAGCCUGUUUACAUCCAGAGACGUCCAUCUUGGAGCGCCAUCGUUUGUGAGCGGUAGAAUCUGAAACAUUUACCACUAGCUGAUGAAAAGAUGAGGUUUUCCCCUUGAACAAGUUUUAGUGGUAAACGGUUAUGUACAGUGUAGGUAAAUUAACUAAAAUCCGACUCCUUUACAAUGACCGUGUUGGUUUUGACACUGUUACGCGAGCCCCCUUGGCCUUGACGUCCAUAGUCUGCGCAGAUGCACGUAGUAGAGCACAAAUAAAGAGGCCCAGGCCUGUUUCCUCAGUUCCUUUCCACCCAGAUCUUCCUCCUCCUCUCUGUCUCUCUGAGGAGGCCCAUUUGCCUCCGAUAGCUUCUUUAAACAGCCGUUAUCUGCUGUGUGUAGAAGCAGGCUUGGCAGAGUGGGCGAGGUUUUUAGACCCCACGCGGCUAAAACUCCUCUCGUGGUGCUGUCAUAAGGGAAUGGAUGUUGAAGAAAGAACUCUCCACUAACUUGCGUAGCUCGGUGCAGGACUGGGGAGAGGAGGUCGAGGAGGGGGCCGUUUACAGCGUGACACUAAAGAGGACCCAAAUCCAACAGGCGGCCAACAAAGGAGCGCGAUGGCUGGGGGUGGAGGGAGACCGCCUGCCCCCGGGUCACACGGUCAGUCAGAUGGAGACAUGCAAGAUCCGGAGUAUCCGUGCGGGGACGCUGGAGCGUCUCGUGGAGACGCUGCUCACCGCGUACGGGGACAAUGACCUCACUUACACAAGCGUCUUCCUGUCCACAUUCAGAACCUUCUCUACCACUCAGAGUGUUCUGCAGCUGCUGCUCGACAGGUAUGGGGAUAUGAAAGUGUGUGAUGGGGACAACUUUCAUCACCAAACAGGUGAAAGCAAAGGAGCCGUGAGAACUAUGUUGGCGUCCAUCCUCAGAACGUGGUUGGACCAGUGCCCGGAGGACUUCCGGGAGCCUCCGUCCUACCCCAGCCUGUGCAGGGUGCUGGGCUUCGUGCAGAGGUCCAUGCCCAGCUCGGAGCUCACGCGGCGGGCACACGCCCUGCUGGAGCAGCUGCAGGCCCAGACCGGCCCGGAGAACGACACGGAUGGAGGUUUCCAUGGCAACAGCCCUUUCUGCCUCGGAGAGGAUGAAGAGGUGGAGAUCGAGCUGCAGGAGGACUUCCUGUCCUUUAGCGCUGACCUAGUGGCUGAACAGCUCACCUACAUGGACGCGGUGCUCUUUAAGAAAGUGGUGCCCCACCAUUGUCUCGGCUCUGUGUGGUCUCAGCGAGACAAGAAGGAGAAUAAGCAAGCUGCUCCCAGCGUCCGCGCCACCAUCGCCCAGUUCAACGCUGUGGCGGCCUGUGUGGUCAGCACCGUCCUCCGCCCGCGCUGUCUACGGCCACACCUGCGCUCGCGCAUCGUCCAGCGCUGGAUCGACGUGGCACAGGAGUGCCGUAUCCGUAAGAACUUCUCCUCCCUGAAAGCCAUCGUCUCUGCGUUGCAGUCCAACCCCAUCUACAGGCUAAAGCGCACCUGGGCCAGUGUGCACAAAGACAGCAUGCAGAUGUUUGAGGAGCUCUCAGACAUUUUCUCCGACCACAACAAUUACCUGACCAGUCGAGAACUUCUGAUGAGGGAGGGCACGUCGAAGUUCGCCAGCCUGGACAAUGGUGUCAAAGAGCACCAGAAACGCUCACAGAAAAAACUACAGCUGCAAAAGGAGGCGGGAGACAUGCAGGGGACGAUUCCUUAUCUGGGAACGUUUCUGACUGACCUGACGAUGCUCGACACGGCACUGCCCGACCUAGUGGAGGGUGGCCUGAUCAACUUUGAGAAGAGGAGGAGGGAGUUUGAAGUGAUUGCUCAGAUCAAGCUGUUGCAGUCUGCCUGUAACAGCUACUGUCUGAGCCCUGACUCUGCGUUCCUGCGCUGGUUCAGAAACCAACCACAGCACACAGAGGAGGAGAGUUAUGCUCUGUCGUGCGGCGUCGAAGGGCUCGGUGACAGCAGUCCCACGUCUCCGAAGUCUCGCACGAGCAUGGUGAAGAGACUGAGUCUACUUUUCUUGGGAACUGAUACCACAGCUUCAAGUUCCCCAGUGAGAGAAACACCCAGGUCGCCCCCUACUGGCAGCUCAGGGGAGAGCAUGGACUCAGUCAGUGUGUCCUCCAGUGACUCCAACCCUUCUGACAGCGAGGGCCUGACACCCACACACACUCUUCACACACAGAUGAAGAAGUUGUCCGAGUCUUCCUCGUGCACGUCCCUCCACUCCAUGGACACGUCAUCGUCGUCGGCAAGUGGGCCAGCCUCUUUGACCUCGGCCUGUGUCCACCGGCGCUGCGUCUCCCUCAUGCCGCUGUCGCCUGUCUUGCCUGCAUCUCCGGUCCUGACGCCCACCUACAACACCCAGACCCAUGACGCCUGCAUCGUCAGAGUGAGCCUGGAGCAGGGCAAUGGGAACCUGUAUAAGAGCAUCAUGCUGACGAGUCAGGACAAAACACCAGCAGUGAUUGGCAGGGCCAUGGCAAAACACAACCUGGACGAGGAGCAAGUGGAAAGUUACGAGCUGGUCCAGGUCAUUAACGAGGACAGAGAGCUCGUGAUCCCAGAUAAUGCCAACGUCUUCUACGCCAUGAACACCUCCGUGAACUUUGACUUCGUGCUGCGUGUGCGCGGGUCGUCACGGCGACCGGUUCAGCUGCGCUCUCGCUGCAGUUCCGCACUCCCCCGCCCACAGCAGCGUGCCAGCCUAUCCCUCAGGCUCAGCAAGGUCAUGCUAUGACCUCUGACCCCGGCCCAGGGGUCUGGGGCAUCAUGGCGUGUGUGUUUUGAAGAGACUAAAGCUUCAACCCAGUCACAACACCCAGACGCUGCUCCUGGGGCUUGCCCUCAGAGUGUGCCCUAGCUCGGUCUGCCAAGGCCUGCGCCCCUGAGGGUGGGGUAGCCGGGGGGCAAUGCAGUUCUCAUUCUGCCCUCCUACAGAGAUGCUGCUCCAGUGCGCCCUCUAUGUGCAGGGAAGGGACUCACGAGCUUCGUCAGGAUUCUGCUCUCUUACUCCUGGCACUGAGAGACUGAUGGAGGGAGAGAGAGGCGCAGUUGUGUUGCCUUUAAUGGGACUCAUGCAUCAGUGUUGGAAUUGAACUGUUGAAAUCAAAUUGUCAAAUUCUGUGCAUUUCUUUUUUUGUGUCCUUGUGUGCACUAUGUGGACAGUUUGGACACUCCCCCCCGUUUAACUUCUCUAUAGUGAGCUAUGUGACGAACGCAUUCUGAUUGGCUCAUGCUUGGCGUUAAGAUUGUGGAUGGGGACUUGGCAUGUUGUCAGACUGAUAGGAAGGGCAGCCACUCCAGAAUCUGGAGUGAGCUAAGCUCUGAUUGGUUGCACUUGCUAGUAAGUGGGUCGAGUUAAGUGUGGUUUUACCCAAAAAAACAUUUAAAAGAAGAAUUGUAGUUUCCUGUCAGUAGUGUGCGAAAAGACACAACAGAAUCUAUUUACUUAUUAGGGGGUUUUGUAAGACAUAAAAGCAUUAAAUAAGAAGGAUUUGGUAAGACUUUAAUAAUUUGUAAGUAAAAUGAUGUCCGAAAAGCCAUGAAAGUGACAUUCAGGUUGUUUCUGCUUUCUACAUCCGUCGCUAUGGAAACCCCAGCUGCUCCGUGUAUUUCCCCUGGCCCUCCUGGGGAACACCUGUACCUGUGACAGGUGGGCAGCGGCUGGAACUAAAUGAAAACAUGGUGGGGUCCCAAACUCCUGGAGGACUGGACUGACCCACUGCUUCCCUCAUUAUAACACAUCUCAAAUGUACUUGUAAUUACAUGAGAUACCGUUCACACUAACUUUAAUGCACGCAUGCACUAAGCAAAAUGUCUUCUGUUGCCUUUUGAGGUCUUAUAUGAACUGUUCUGUUGGUCUGGGAAGGGGGAGGUGUUGGGUACGUUACUAGCCUGCAUGUGUCUGCACUGUGCCUCCGCACGGCCGGGUGGGGGGUUCUGCUGGGGGUUCCAGGGUGCCCAGUGCUGAAGGCCUGGGAUGCGGGGCCGCUGCAGACUGAGGCUCCGUCCACAGUCCGCCGCUGUGUGCUGCUGUAUUUGGGUAGCUCCAAAUGUGUUCAUGUUCCUAAGCUAGCUCGGAUGCAGGCCUGCACCGUUCCUGCACACGCCCCGCGCACCUGUCCCCUCACCUACACAUCUGUUUCAGUGUUUCCAUGGUGAUAAGAUGGUUCUCGAGGCAAGUUCUUUGUCCCGUUUUAAAAAGGCAGGAUGGGCAGCGAUGACGUAUUAAUUUGUCUUAAAACAAAAUGCACCACGUGAUUUUUCUCAGAUGCUUAUUUUGAGUAUUUCUUCAUAUUGCCAAAGAAUUCUUUAUCUACAAGUGUAGACCAACUAAAUUAUCAUUAUUGUAAUGAAGAUUGUUUCUGUAAUUAAAUAUUAAUUUUCUUGAAAUAAACUGUACUGUAUGACGAAUGUG